AUUUCCAAUCUCUUUUUAAAUCUUUAAAUCAUUCAAGUAUAUAUACACUACCUUCAAUUUAAAGAAUAUUAAAUGCCCUUUCUCAUUUUAUCGCUUUCCAAAUACCGGCAUCUCGUUAGCACACUUUCACCAACACCUUCACUUCUCGUCCGAAUUUGCUUUCCUACUUUCUUUUUUCCUUCCUUCCUUCCUUUCUUUCUCGAACAACCUCUCGCUCUCAUCUCUAGCGAGAGAGUAUAUCCUCAUUUCAUCAAUUUAAUCAGGUAUCGUGUGUGUUCUUAUCUCAUUUUUGACGUAUUUCAGGAAUAUUCUGAUUGAAGAGGUGAUGUUUAUCUUCAGCUAAUUUCAUUUCAUCAUAUGAAUGUCAUCUUAUCUUUACGUGUGCCGAGUUUCCCUCCCCUGCCCUCGUUGCCAACGCACCAACUUACUAUUUGUCUCUGCCCCCGGUCAACUUCUUCGGUUGUGUUGAGCGCUGAAUUCGUUGCCUUCGCGGAAAAUAUUUCUCAUUCUUCCGCUCAGCCAUAUUCACUUGAGCAUAGAAAAUACGCAAAACUGCUAAUUGUUACUGCCACAUAGCGGCUUUGAUCCCCAGGCUGAGCGGCGCGAAAAUGCGUCUACUCAACGUUUACACUCGUCAACUGGAGGAAUUCUUCAGCACAAAUAUCCCCAAGUAUGCAAUUUUGUCUCAUACUUGGGGCGAUGAAGAGGUGCUUUUCCAGGAUCUCUCCAAUCCUAUAUACAAAACCAAGAAAGGUUACAGGAAGAUUAAAGGUUGCUGUCAACGGGCAAUCCUCGAUCGAUUGAAAUUCGUUUGGAUUGAUACGUGUUGUAUAGACAAAAGUAGCAGUGCCGAGCUGUCUGAAUCAAUUAACUCAAUGUACGCUUGGUACGAAGGCGCUAUUGUGUGUUAUGUCUACCUGACAGAUGUUCCGCCUGGCGAAGAUCCCGGUCGAAGCGACUCGGCAUUUCGGAAAAGUCGUUGGUUUACUCGAGGAUGGACAUUGCAAGAAUUGCUUGCGCCUAGGAGGGUUGCUUUUUUCGACAGAAGAUGGAAUUUGGUUUGCAAUUUUGCAGUAAACUACGUAGGCGAGUGGGUAGAAGUGCCAGUCGUUAACGUUCACCGAUAUAAACAAUUAAAUCAUGUCUCUCUACUCGAAGAUAUCACCGGCAUUGAAAAUUUUUACUUGCGCUAUAGAGAAAAGAUCCGUGACGCACCAGCUGGUCUUAAAUUCUCAUGGGCUGCUAUGCGAGAAACGUCUCGUCAAGAGGACCUUGCCUACUGUCUGCUAGGUCUAUUGCAAGUCAACAUGCCGCUACUAUAUGGAGAGGGAGACAACGCUUUUCGACGCUUACAAGAAGAAGUGCUCAAACGACGACAAGAUCUCAGUAUCCUUGCUUGGGGUCUUAAUAUUACUUGGCGAGAAAUCGCUGAGCAAUCCGGCUUCGAUAGAUCACGCUUGUACGGCACUCUUGCGUCGUCAAUCCGAAAUUAUAAAGAAUUCCAUAAAUAUUUCACGUCACGUCUAAGAUUCUUCGAACCUACCACCCAUUCCAUGAUCACUAACUUGGGUUUGAACAUAAAGUUGCCCUUGCUGUGUAUUGACUCGUCACUGGGUAUUUAUCUUGCGUUCAUCAGUGACUGGGAAGGGGCAGAAGCAUUAGUACUGCCUUUGCUGAAGAGAGAUGAGGGAGGUGACAGCCAACUUUUUGAACAUCUUCCUGGUAGUCCACAUGUAAUCUCAAUCAUUUUACAGAAGGGUGCAAUUGGACGCAAUAUUCAAUUGAAAACGAUCUAUCUUGUUGAGUCUCGAGCCGUGUUUCCGGUCUGGAACCGCACCAAAUUCGGAUAUAUUCUUAGUGAAAAUAGACGACCCAGAACGCAAAUCAGAAUUGAUCACGAGCAGAUGGACGAGGCUGGCUUUGAAGUGAGCAGUUUCUUUCCGCCUGCAGUUCAUGCCCGGGAUCAAAAUUUCGGCUGGGAAACUCUACCAGGCUAUUUUGAAAUCAUCAUGAUUUUUUCUAGAGCGUUGUCCGAUUAUUGCGUCGCCCGUGUUCAGGGCUACUCCGUGGGGACAGAUAUCCCAAGGCUGCAGAUGUCGAUCGCCCGCUGUGAGCCAUCAUCAUUAGCAUGGCAAUAUGUGAAUAAUAGCCGUUCGCGAAACCCUUUUGCUAGGGUUGAACGGCCAUGGAUGGCGAAAAAGUUGGAAUGGAAAUCCAAGGUUAGCUUCGAGCCUAUUCAAGGGAAAGCGCUUGAGCGGACUUCGAUUGAAUUGAAGAUGGACGAUGCGUGGUAUCACGCAUCGUUAAAGUUUUAUGCUGGAACUGAAGAUUAGAGGCUUGUUUGUUUAGGAAAAAUAUCUGAUCGGACAAUUGGCUCUGCUCAGUGCUCAUCUGGGAUAUAAUUUGCCUUUUGCCUUCUCGGGAUGAUGGGACUGAAGAUUCGGUGGUGGCCAGUUCACUUUGAUAGUAAAGAUGAGAGACGAAAAAACGACGCAUUCAUCGUCGUGAGUGAGAUAGGUGUAGGAUAUCGACUGGCCACGGAGAACUUGACAAAGCUGAAGAAAUGCUGAAUACAUUUAGCGGUCGAAUAUAGGACAUUACUAGCAUCGGAAGUGACAAAAUUUUGGCGAUUGACUGAUGUAUAGAAAAGGCAGUAAAGGGGGCGUUGAACUUGACUGUCGGGCUAUGGUGCCCAUCUACAGCGCGCUAUUCUGUAUCGGAAUAUUAGAUCAUUACCGAUGUAGAUUGGAAUUAAUUGAAGGGUACUUUACAGAGGCGCAGAAUAUCUCGCCGAAGGGUAAUCAAACCCGGAUUAUUCACUCAAUGCUGGCAUCCUAUACAAGUUGAAGCGUGUUGUCUUGCAGUUGACCGGGAAAGAUUGAAGCAUCGAGUAUGUUACCUGCAGAAACACCAGAAACACCAGAUAUCUUUCUUUACCUUUCCAAUCCUGGCAUUCUUCUUUUGCAGCAAACAUUUCAUAGAUUCAAUUGAAGUGCCUGCAUCAAUAUUGUGCAGACGUGCGAUACCUGUCAAACACAAUGGCCCCCUUCAAGUUC